AUGAUUUUUGACAUGUUUAUAAACCUCAAUGCUGGUAGUUGUGCUCCAAUUUCAAUUGGAAUGUUGCCAUUGAAGAAAUUGCAGGAGAUUUCUAAAUGUGACAAACGCGUUUGUGAAGCAAAUGAUGUGGAUUUUCCUGGGCGAAAUGUUACGAAUGAAGAAAUAAAGGUUGCUCUUUUUGACAUAGCACCUUUUAAAGCCCCUGGUAGUGAUGGGUUUCAAGCUAGUUUUUUUCAGAAUCAAUUGGAUACUACCGGAGAGGACAUAUGUGGUUGGGUUAAAAAUGUCUUCAAUGGUGGCAUCAUUGAUCCUGAGUUUAAUAACACUCUUAUUGUGUUAAUUCCAAAGGUGCAGAAUCCAAAUAAUUUCUCUCAAUUCAGGCCGAUCAGUCUUUGUUCUGUGCUGUACAAGUUAGUCAUGAAGAUUAUUUCUAAUAGAAUUAAGAUCAUCUUUUCGAAGAUCAUUGGCCAAGAGCAAGCAGGUUUCAUUACUGGACGAAGCAUUAUUGACAAUGUCAUAAUCGCUCAGGAAGUCUUGCACUCUAUGAGAGUUAAGAAGAGUCUCCAGUGGAUGGCUAUUAAGAUUGAUCUGGAAAAGGCGUAUGAUAGGGUUAGAUGGGACUUUGUGGAGGCUUCGCUCAUCGCAACAGGUAUUCCUUCUCAUUUGAUUAAAGUUAUUAUGAAUGCUAUCAUGCUUUCUUCUAUGCAGGUUCUAUGGAAUGGUGUGCCAACUCAGAAGUUUAAGCUGGUAAGGGGUAUUCGCCAAGGGUGUCCCUUGUCUCCAUAUCUUUUUGUUUUAUGCAUGGAGUGGUUGGGUUAUAGAUUUCAUGGAAGCAUCUUAGCAAGGGAAUGGAGUCCUAUUCGGCUUUCGUAUUCUGGACUGAGUCUUUCGCAUUUGUUUUUUGCUUAUGAUUUGGUGGUCUUUGGCAGAGCUGACGUGGUGCACAGUGGUCUCCUUACAAAGUUUCUUAGUAAUUUUUGCGAGAUUUCUGGUCACAAAGUUAAUGCUAGGAAAACAAAAGUGUUCUUUUCUAUGGGGGUUAAUAUAUCUUCAAGAAAUGAGAUCAAGGACAUACUUGGUUUUCAAAAAGUCAAUAACUUAGGUCAUAUCUCGGGGUUCCACUUUUUCAUAGAAGAGUUACCAAGAGGAGUCUGUGACGCCAUUGAAGGUCUAACAAGACAAUUCAUUUGGGGCGUCGUGGAAGGCAAAAGGAAGAUAGCUUUAGUUAAAUGGGAAGACCUCUGUCAGCCUAAAGUUAAUGGAGGUCUUGGUUUUCGUCGAUUGAGUGAUCAGAAUAGUGCUUUUAUGAUGAAACUUAGAUACAAUCUUAUUUACAAAACUGGAACUCUUUGGGUUCAGGUUCUCAGAGGUAAGUAUGAAAUGAAGGAUACUAUGCCUGACUCUAUAAUGAGGAGUAGUUGUUCUUAUAUGUGGAGAGCUGUUGCCAGAGUAUGGCCCUUGUUGCAUAGCUUUAUGAUGUGGCCCAUUGGUAAUGGUAAGACUGUUCGGUGUUGGGAGGAUUGUUGGGUUUCUAAUAAAGGACCCCUCAAAAACUAUGUUUCGGGGCAUGGCUUUUUUGAUCCUAAGACCACUGUUACUGAGAUGGUUUUGCCUAAUGGGGAGUGGAAUCUUUCCCUUUUUAGAUUGUGGUUACCUGAAGAUGUGGUGAAGCGCAUCAUUAGCAUUCUGCCUCCCAUGAUUCAGGUUGGGUUGGAUAGUCUCUCUUGGUCAAGAACGACGUCUAGAGUUAGUUUUUUCUGUGAAGAGUGCUUAUUAUGCUUUGAAAGAGGAAUCUUGGCAUCCGCAAGAGAUGAAAUGGAGAAAGAUUUGGAAAAUUCCAGUUGGGCAAAGCAUUUUCUUUACACCUUCAAUGAAGGGAUGGAUUCGCAGCAAAAGCAGCUUCCAAUUCAUCAGAACUCAGGUAUGUGUGUAGUUCUUAAUACUGAUGGUGUUGUUCACUCUGUGUCCGGUCUUUCUGCUGAUAAUCUCGCAAAUGUGAUCUCGAUCACUGAAAGCAAGGCUGGUGGUUCAAAAAAUGCACUUAUUAAGAGGAUACAACAAAUUCUGGUGUCAGAAGAAAAUUGGUUCUUGACUUAUGUUCCCAGAGAAACCAAUCGGGUUGUUGAUGCUUUGGCUAAAAUAUCACUGUCAAGUGGUUACUCCUUGCUUAUUUUUGAGUCACCUCCUACCAGGAUUAAAUAUAUUUUGCAGGAAGAUAAUUUUACUGAUAACUCCCCCAUGAAUCAUCCUAUGUAA